CACCGUCUUCGGUUUUCGUCGCAGCCACAAACCAAACCACAAAACCCGGCGUUUGUUUGUUUCUUCGCCGCCUUCAUCAUUCCUCCUCCUCCUCCUCUCUCGCCCCCCUCUCUAGGGUUGUUCUUCCCCUUCCGUUCCCCCCUUUUUCUCUCCUCCGUGGCGUUUCUUCUUUUGAUUUAUCUGUCGAUCGUUCCUGUUUUGGCGCGUUCGGAGCCACUCUUUACGAUCCGCAGGUGGUAGGUUCGGGUUUCGACUUGGAUCGUCUGACGGAUGAUGCAGAUUCUUGGCAAGCCGUGAUCUCUCGAAGGCCUAAUCGGAUCGGCUUUUGUUUGUUGUCUUCGUUCGUUUUCUCAAAUUCGUCAGAGCAGAGACCGAUGGGUCACUUGAGUUCCCUUGGUGGGAUUCAGACGGACGCCGCUCCAGUUAGUGGUGGAGGACUCAGUUCUCUUCAUUGCAGUCAGAAUGGGAAGUUCAGUUAUGGGUAUGCAAGCUCUCCUGGGAAAAGGGCUUCAAUGGAAGACUUUUAUGAAACAAGAAUUGAUGGUGUUGAUGGAGAAAUUGUUGGCUUGUUUGGAGUUUUUGAUGGUCAUGGUGGUGCUCGAGCGGCAGAGUACGUUAAAGCGCACCUCUUCAGCAAUUUGAUUAGACAUCCCAAGUUCAUUAGUGAUACCAAGUCAGCUAUAGCUGAUGCAUUCAGCCAUACAGACUCAGAGUUUCUGAAAUCUGAGAAUAGUCAGAAUCGUGAUGCUGGCUCAACUGCUUCCACUGCCAUCCUUGUUGGCGAUCGUUUGUUGGUUGCAAAUGUUGGGGAUUCUAGGGCUGUUAUAUGUAGAGGAGGGAAGGCAUUUGCUGUCUCAAGGGAUCACAAGCCCGAUCAAACAGAUGAGAGACAACGGAUUGAAGAUGCUGGAGGCUUUGUUAUGUGGGCUGGGACAUGGCGGGUUGGUGGUGUUCUUGCUGUAUCACGUGCAUUUGGUGAUAGGCUCUUGAAGCAGUUUGUUGUUGCAGACCCAGAAAUACAGGAAGAGGUCAUUGAUAAUUCUCUGGAGUUUCUUAUCCUUGCAAGUGAUGGAUUGUGGGAUGUUGUCACAAAUGAGGAGGCUGUAGCCAUGAUACAAUCCGUAGAGGACCCAGAACAAGCGGCAAAGAGACUGUUACAGGAAGCUUACCAAAGAGGAAGUGCAGACAAUAUCACUUGUGUUGUGGUACGUUUCAUUGCCGGCCAGGAAAACACCACAACAGUGCAGCAGUAGUGCUCACUGCUGCUUAGUUCUCAGUGACGGAAACAUUUCUGAGAAGUCAGAUCAAACUGGAAGAGGAAUAGAUCGAAAAGCUACAGAGCUGCCAAAAAGAAAAACGAUGGUAAAUCUUUUGUUUGCCUGCAAAAGAAGGUUCAGUUGUGUUUCUGACCUACUGAAUUGUGUUGUAGCAGAAUUGUAGUUUGGAGUGUAUUCAGGAGGACCUUUCUACAUGUAAUAUACUGCCUAAUGUUUGAGUGCAUCUACGUGAAUCUCUGCAACCAAUGUUAAAAAUGGCAUGUUGGGAAAUUGUUGGAAGGUAAUUAAACUCAUCUUUCCUCUUAA